GUUGGCGGAGUGAGAUGCCGAUCGGCGAGUGCACUGUGCUUUAAGAGAUCGACCUGCAAUGCGUUUCGACUCGAGAUUGAGGUUGCAAGUAUGAGAUACUCUCCGUCAUCGGGAAAGGAUCAUUCUCACAGGCCAGUACGCCACAAGAGCUCCGUCACCAUCUUCGUUCCAGGUGCUCCGGGUACGGCAUCGAAUCUCGAGGAUGUAUUUCGCGGUGAAACUUUGGCGGCUGAUUUCGGGCUGUCAGUAUUGGAUUGCACAUUUCUCACCGACUCCAGCAUCCCUAAUAUGAUUCGGCUAGAGGAGCCUCGCUCACCAGGCGACCCCGUUCCGGCAGAACACAAUGACGGAAACGUGCCCGGAACACCCGGUAUAUCACUUUACGGAAUUGUUGCUCCAAGAUUACCGCAUGCUUACCGA